GUCUUUGCAUUGCGACAUCAGAGAAGAUACAGCGCAACGCACGUCCGGAGGACUUCGACCGCGUCAUCAAGGGUCUCGAAUCAAAACCCAACGCGCGCGGAGUGAUACUGUUCGCCGACGAGGACAAUUGCCGGAAGUUGCUCACUCACGUCCGCGCACGCAACAAGACGUACACGUUCAACUGGAUAGGCAGCGAUAGCUGGGGCGCCAAGAUACAUCCGGUCGAAGGGCGGGAGCUGGAGGCAGAGGGCGCCAUCACAAUCCUGCCGAAGCGAGUGAACCUUCCCGGUUUCGAUAAGUACUUCACGUCGCUCAGCAUGCCGCAGCAUAACAAGAACGUCUGGCUGAAAGAGUUCUGGGAAGCGCACUUCAACUGCCAGUUCGACGGCGAGCAGAAAUUCCGACACACCGACGUCUGCACAGACAGUGUGAUACUGUUUCAUCAGUUUGAAGACAGUGUGAUACUGUUUCAUCAGUUUGAAGACAGUGUGAUACUGUUUCAUCAGUUUGACGACAGUGUGAUACUGUUUCAUCAAUGUCGUGAGAAGAUAACGAAGGCUUCGGGGUACGAACAAGAAGGUCUCGUGCCAUUCGUCGUCGACGCCGUGUACGCGAUGGCGCAUGCUGUGCACAACAUGCAGCGUGACCUCUGUCCCGGAACCAGCAGGUUGUGUGCCAACAUGCUGCCGAUAUCCGGCGAGAGACUGCUGUCCUACAUCCGCAACGUCUCCUUCAUCGCGACCAUGGGUCGGCAGGCUAGGUCGCACGGGUCGAGCCACGAGGGAGGUCUCUCACUCGGAACAUUCAAGAUCACGUCGCUCGGGCCCCUCAUCCCGCGGGACCGGGACUUUCCCGCUGUGCCAACUCCCGUCGUCGUCGCCUCCGCCUCCGCGUCGCCGAACAGGGCCGACCCUCAGAGCGUCAUCGCCGACAUGCCGUCAUCGACGUCGCUAGUGCCGCACCGGGAAGUCGACGCUGCGGCGGACACGCACUCGCUGUCGUCGACGGCAGCCGACCUUGCGGCGGCGACGGCGUACGGCGCGACGACGACGACGACGGUGCGAUUCCACGACGCGCACUUUCAGCAGACGCCGAGCGUCGAAGAUUACGACGACGACGACAUCGACGACGACGAAAUACUCCAGGAGACGCCCGUGUCGCACUGCAGCGACCCCUGCCGGCCGGGUUACAAGCGCUACACGGCCGUCGGCGAGUGCUGCUGGGUGUGCAUCCGGUGCGACCCGUACUACUACACGGCCAACGACACGACGUGCCUGCCGUGCGGGCGCGGCCGCGUGCCCAACGGCACGAAGGACGGCUGCCGCGACCUUCCCGUGCUGUACGUCACCUGGGACUCGACGUGGGCCGUCGUGCCGAUGUGCGUGUCGCUGCUCGGCGUCGUCGCGACGCUGUUCGUCGUCGUCGUCUUCGUCAAGUUCAGCAACACGCCCGUCAUCAUGGCGUCUGGCCGCGAGCUGUGCCACGUGCUGCUGCUCGGCAUCGCCUGCUGCUACCUGAUGUCGUUCGUCAUCCUCUCUAAGCCGACGCCGACGUCGUGCGCCAUCAUGCGCAUGGGGCUCGGCGCCUGCCUCGUCAUGUGCUACUCGGCGAUCUUCACAAAGACGAAUCGCAUCGCGCGCAUCUUCAGUCGCGCCACCAAGUCGAAGAAGCGGCCCAGCUACACGUCGCCGCGCUCGCAGAUUCUCAUCUGCAUCGGACUCGUCUCCGUGCAGCUCGUCGGCUCGGCGACGUGGCUCAUCAUCGAGGAACCGCGCUCGAUAUACGCCUACCCGGAUCCGGAGACGGUCGUGCUGCGCUGCGGGGUCACCAACGUCGAUCUCAUCAUCUCGCUCGUCUACAACAUGUUUCUCAUCAUACUGUGCACGACGUACGCGUUCAAGACGCGCAAGAUCCCCGAGAAUUUUAACGAGGCGAAGUACAUCGGCUUUGCGAUGUACAGUACGUGUAUAGUGUGGCUGGCAUUCGUACCGAUCUACUUCGGCACCAAUAACGACUUUAGGGUAAGCGCGUCUGUCCACUGA